AUGACCUUGAAAGUGAAAAUCAACACAUUAUUACGUAAGUGAAGGCUAUUUUUCUCCUUUAUGGGCAAAAAGUAUCAAGAAUAAUAUGAGUUUCCAAAAACAUCAAGUAUAAUAUAAAAUUUCGAAGGUAAACAGUGCAAGUAAAUGUGGGAUGGGUCAUUCCAAGCCUUUCUUACCUUCCAAUCGUAAUUUCUUAUUGUUUCAAUGGAUUUUUACGAGUCUUGGACCUUAUUCACGACAUCCGAUGGUCCCUUUUUUGUUCAUGCCUCUUGCGACAAAUAAAAUGGGAUGGAAGUAACUUCUAUAUUUUUCAUAUAGCUAACACAUUGUAGUUUCAUAUUUUAUAGCGGCAUCUCUUUAUUCUUUGGCUUUCAAGGACAUUUUUGUUGUUUCAUGUUCUCCAUGACUUUUGGAGGGUAGGUCAGGUUUCUUAUCAAUUUUCGAAAUGAAGACGGGCACAGACUAUAAUGAAUAUGAAGUGUAUAAGUCGUGAGUGUCUUGUAGUUAGAUAGAAAAGUGAUUUCAAGUAGUUUACUGGCGAUAUAAUGCCAUAAAUUGACUUUUAUAUUAUUCAUGACCAUAAUGAUGUGGAGUAUAAGGUUUUUGAUGAUUUUUUAGUUUAUAGCCUCUCCAAAUUAUAUCAAAUAUAAACUCUAUUGGGCUUUAACGCUUUGCUGAUUAAUCUACAGCACUUUUUACUUUCGCAAAUUACCUCUAACCACCUUAAUUCCCCAUUUUUUUCCUAACUUUAGUCAUCAAAUUUCAUCAAAUUUCCUGCAAGCUCAAACUCAAUUCCUCUCUCUAAAAAACCACCGAGAAACUUUCAGCAACACUGUUCCUCACAGUCUCGCAGCUCAGUCAGGGUUUACAAUGGAAUUUGAAAGUAAUAUCAAUACAUAUUCGAGUGGGGGCUUCCUUUUCACUCGCGAUCCCGUUUUCGGAGGCGAUUCUUUGAGGGUUUUUUAUUGUUUGAUUCGAAGUUUGACGCUUUUUGUGUACAAAAAAUACUUGGGUUUCAAUUGGCCUUUAUUUGCAGCUUGUUUGAGGGUUUUGGAUGCUUGCAAAAAGGAAAAAUUUACCUUGUACUUGAGGAGCUGAUGGUCAAUUUUUUAUUUUGGAUUUUUUUCUUAUUCAAAAUGACGAUUUUGAUACGAAUGGAUUUUAAAAUGCCUAGUUGUGCAAUUUGUGACAUUUUUAUUUCCAGACUUUAAAAAAUUUGGAUCAAGUACGAUGUUGACAGCGCCGGCGGCCGAACGGAAUAAGGGCCCGAUUUUGGAAGUUAUACAACGAUUCUACCCUCAAAACUUUGUUGGGAAGGUAGGAAAGACUAUGAAAAUACUUAUAGAACAUCUUUUACAUCCACUUUUAAAUUUUUGCGCGCAAAAUUGCCCACUUUUAUAUUGCACUAGGUCAGCACUGUGCGGGUUUUAAAAAUUGCAUGUGGAGAGUGCGAAAUUCAAUUUUUUUGACUCCACAGAAAAAGUCAUCGUAUUUUACAAGUACCUUAAAAUAUCUUUCAGGCCACACUGUUUUUCUUUUGACCUUUAUUUGGCCAAUUUUAUGCUUUGCAUUUUUCCCGCACAGUGCAGUUUUUAUAAAAUCCCUCUGCACUGUGUGAAAUUCAAAUUUUUUAGCUCUAAAAAAGAGUUCUCGUAUUUUACAAGUACCUUAGUAUAUUUUUCAGGCCACACUACGUUUCAUUCCCCUUUUAAUUGGCCAAUUUUUAUGUUACAUUUUCCCGCACAGUGCAGUUUUAAAAAAUUCCUUUGCACAGUGCGAAAUUCAAUUUUUUCGACUGCAGGAAAGAACCUACGUAUUUUACAAGUACUUUAGAAUAUUUUUCAGGCCACGCUAUUUUUCGUUUGGCCUUUAUUUGUUCAAUUUUACGCAUUAAAUUUUCCCGCACAGUGCAGUUUUCAAAAAUUCCUUUGCACAGUGCGAAAUUCAAUUUUUUCGACUCCACGGAAAGAGCCAACGUAUUUUACAAGUACUUUAGAAUAUUUUUCAGGCCACGCUAUUUUUCGUUUGGCCUUUAUUUGUCCAAUUUUAUGCAUUAAAUUUCCCCGCACUGUGCAGUUUUAAAAAAUUCGCUUGCACAGUGCGAAAUUCAAAUUUCCUUCAGGAACCAUAACUCCCGUAUUUUACAAGGCACACUUAGUUAAUCUGAAUACAAUUUCAGGCUCUAGAAAUCGCCUCCGGCACAGGUUCACAUGUUAUUCAUUUCGCUUCCAACUUUCCAAACAUAACAUUCCAGCCCUCCGAAUGCAACCCGAGGAAUCUCCAUUCAAUUGUCGCUCAUGUGGACCAUUUUCGAGUGAGUUUCAAUGUUUUUAACUCUAAAAUACGACUUCUAUGACAAAAAAAAGUUUUCUGCACAGUGCGAAAUUUAAGCCUUUUGUAACUUUUGCUGUUUAUUCCUAAAUGAUGCAAAAUUAUAGCUAGAGAAUGUCCGAGUCCCAUUGUUCAUUGACGUCGCUCAGUCGCCGGAUCGAUGGGCAUUGCCGGCGGAUUUCGGGCCAUCAAGUUUGGACUUGAUGGUCAACGUGAACAUGCUUCAUAUCUCAUCGAAUUCGGCGGUCGAAGGGCUGUUCAGAUCGGCUGAGGGACUCCUAAAGACUGGUAAGAGGGUUGGCUUUUUGAAUUUUUGAUUUAUGACGAUUUUGAAAAUUAAGGUAGGGCGCAGCUCGGAAACUCAAAUUUGGGUGAAUUUCCCAAAAUUUUGGCCAAAAUACACUGUAAAAAUUGGUUUUUAUUGAAUGGUAAUAUUUUACAAGACUAAUGACAGAUUAUUUUCGGUAAAAUACGUCAUCUAUAAAAGAAUCCGUUUUGAUAGGGCGCAGCUCGCGAAAUUUAAAAGUUUAAAAAACGCAUGAAAUUCUUCGAAAUACCAGACUACUGCUUUUACAGAGCUGUAAAAUGCUAUUUUUAAUAUUUUUUAUUUUCAUUUCCGAACCUAGGGCGCAGCUCGCCUCAACAAAAAAUCCCGAUUUUUGGAUUUUUCCGAUUACAAAAGUUCUUUAUUUAUUUUUCGAUACUAUAAUCUCGUUCCAGGUGGUCGUCUCUUCGUCUACGACGCAUUCGGACGCGAAGGCCGCAUAACUCCCGAAUCCAACGUCCGCUUCAACGAGUCGUUGAAGCGCGAGAACCCGGAAUGGGGCCUUCGUUUCAUCGAAGAUCUCAGCGAUCUGGCCCUCCGCCAUUCGCUAAUCUUGACCGAUGUCUUCGAAAUGCCCGCCCACAAUCACACACUUGUUUUCCAGAAGCAAUAA